GAGAGCUUACAGAGGUUUGGCUUAUGUCCUGCACUUUUUUUUCCUCCUCCUUGUCUUUUAAAAGCUGCGUCGCCUGCGCGCAUUUUUACCUCUCAGCCAAACCAACCGGACGCGCUGCUGGUGCGGAGUGAAAGACGUUCAUCUGUCCCCUCUGCAGAGGUCCCAGGAGUUAUCUAACCUCCACCAUGACCGACCGCUUCGACUGCUACUACUGCCGUGACAAUCUGCACGGGAAGAAGUAUGUGAAGAAGGAUGACAAGCACGUGUGCACCAAGUGCUUCGAUAAGCUCUGUGCCAAUACCUGUGCAGAGUGCAGACGUCCCAUUGGUGCUGACGCCAAGGAGCUGCACCAUAAGAACCGCUACUGGCAUGAGGACUGUUUCCGCUGUGCCAAGUGCUACAAGCCGCUGGCCAGCGAGCCGUUCAGCGCUCGCGAUGAUGGCAAGAUAAUGUGUGGCAAGUGUGGCUCCCGGGAGGAUGGAAACCGGUGCCAGGGCUGCUAUAAGGUGGUCAUGCCAGGAUCCCAGAAUGUGGAGUACAAGAACAAGGUGUGGCAUGAGGAAUGCUUCACUUGCUUUGAGUGCAAGCAGCCAAUCCGCACACAGAGUUUCCUGACCAAGGGUGAUGACAUCUACUGUGCUCCCUGCCAUGAAAAGAAGUUUGCCAAGAAAUGCUUCCACUGCAAGCAGCCCAUCACCUCUGGAGGGAUCAGCUACCAGGACCAGCCCUGGCACUCUGAGUGUUUUGUGUGCCAAACCUGCCGUAAGCCUCUGGCAGGAGCUCGCUUCACUUCGCACGAGAACAACGUUUACUGCGUUGACUGCUACAAGACUGAUGUGGCCAAGAAGUGCCACGGCUGCAAGAACCCAAUCACAGGGUUCGGCCAUGGCACCAACGUGGUGAACUACGAGGGAUACUCCUGGCAUGAGUAUUGCUUCAACUGCAAGAGAUGCUCCCUCUCACUGGCCAACAAGCGCUUCGUCAUCAAUGGAGAUCAUAUCUACUGCCCCGACUGUGCUAAGAAGCUGUAAACUGCAUAAUCAGCUGUGCUGAGGAUCAUUGUUUAAAGCGGAAUUACACCAAAACUGACUUUUAGGAACUAUGAAAAAAAAGAAGAAAUCUACUUGGAUUUUGGGGCAUUGAUACUAAAGCUCAAAAUGAUAAAAUCUAAUUCUAAAUUAGAAUAAAAAAGCCAACAGUCAAUUUUGGUGAAACUUCUCUUUGCAAGACUGACAGACUCGAGGUUACUUCAACUAAACAUGCACUAGCUUUCAUUUAUCUACAUAUAUGUUACUGCAGCUUGUUUUAAGUGUCAAGAGCUGAUACUAACAUGGCAGCAGAAUUUCUUUUGUGGGAUUUUGAUGUGCACUAUUACUCUAAUCUUAUCCAGGAUUCUGUGCAGCCUUAUGACACAGUCUUUUCAGUGCCUUACUGGAAUCUUUCUGAGAAUGCUUUUUACAUGCCUGCUGCUGCUCAUACAUACCAGCUUUGAUUAAUAAUCUGUUACAUCUCUGAGUGUUUGAAUGGGUUAUGAGAAUUUCAGAAAUGUUUACAGUGAAUUGAAAAUACAAAUUGAGAUUAAGGCUGAAAUAUAAACUGCUCAUGUAUUCAAAACUUUGAGUGAAGUUCAUGAAAACAAGAAUAAAAGGAAGAGAUGAA